UUUGAGUUACUACAUUGAAAGUACAUUUAGAAAAUUCAAACAAUUAUCGUUAAAACUCGAGUAUGUCACAGAUAAAUCUUCAACCAGAGCAAAAUGUAAGCAAGCCGCGUUCGCUGCCAAUUGCCGCAGGUGGCAUAACAUUCCUCUCGGCGGGCAUGAAUUUGGCCAUGAGUUUUGGUUGGUUCCAUGACACUGUAUCAUAUUCGGAAAAACAUUUCACUUGCUCAUGGUUUAUAGGAGUGAUGAUUGGGACUUACCUAAGCAUUGAUCCGCUGAAAUGUCUGGCCAAAAAAUUCAUAAUGGCCCUAUCUGUGCUGCUGAUUUUAAUCGAAGGCAUAUUAUUUACCACUGCUUCUGAUAAUGAUGACGCUAUCUUGGGAGGACGUUAUUUGAAUGGCAUAGCCAUAGGUUUGGCCACAGUUCAAUAUCUUAUCAAUGCCGGAGAAAUAUCUGCCGCUAGCAAUCGUGGCCACUGUCUCGCAAUGGAACAAUAUAGUCUCUCAUUCGGAGUAAUGAUCCAAUUGGUUUACUCAUCGGUUUGGGAUAACUCAGAGAGUAUUUCAAUUAUAUGCUUACAUGGUAUUAUUGACAUCAUCUUGGCUCUAAUGGCUGCAAUUUUGAUGAUACAUUUUGUGGAGUCACCCAUUUAUUAUAUACAAAAAGGUGACGACGCCUCGGCUUUGGAAUCAUUGGCAUGUUUACAAAAACCCCCUGGCAUAACAAUGGAAGUUCAAGCGCGUUUCGAAGAGCACAAGGCCAUGGUGCGAGAGCAGAAUAUUUUCACAAUGCGUCAGAUUUUUAGACAAGGUCAAAUACCCCUACUAAAGAUGAUAUUUUGUCGCAGUAUGACAGUGGCAUUUUGUUUCUCAUUACCCUUGAAUGCAGCUCUUCUAACUAGUAUGGAUUUAAUGGAAAGUUCUUGGCCUCUCACAGCAUUUGGCUGUGCUCGAGUCAUUGGAGCCAGCAUAUCAAUCAACUUAAUGGAUAAAAUACAAAGAAAAUUGCCUUCCAUUUUAUCGGCUAUGUUUGUGGGAGCAUUCCUGAUUACUUUGGGUGUCUUGUUUUGGUUCAAAGAAAAUUAUUUGAACCCAAAUUAUGUGAAUGCAGCUAUAAGUGUUUGCAUUGCGUUGCAAGCAUUUGUGGGGUUCUUCACGCCUUACACUUCGGUUUUUAUGGGUGAAGCAUUCCCCUUGCGUGGUAAGCCUUAUCUAAUGGCAGCCUGUAUAAAUCUUGAACAAAUUUUUCAAAUAAUUCUAAUCGAAACGUGGAACUUCGAGCAUUUGGCUUUGAAUUUAUUUAUUCAGGGGUUGCUUGUAAUUAUGGGUUUUGCGUUCUUAAGCCUAACUUUGCCGGAGACAAGAAGGACAUCGUUGGCAGAAGCUCAUAGGCGAUUUUGGAAAUUGGUACCCAAGUAAAAAAAUAAACCUUGAUGAGUUUUGAAAAAUGAAUUGGAAAAAUAAAUGAAAAUAAAACCAAA